AGUGUUAGUUUUUGAAUGUGUAAUUUGUUUGGGCAGUCAUUCACAUAUUAUGUCUGUUGCUCGAAGUUCGUACAGCAUUAUUGUUUUCAGGGUAAGAUGAUGAAUAAUUUAUCCUCCAAUUCCAUUCGUAUACAUUGUUUUGCUAUAUAGUUGCCAUGGAAUUUCUGCUAGGAGGAGCUGCGGCUUGUUGCGCUGGUGUUAUCACUAACCCUUUGGAGGUGGUGAAAACGCGCGUUCAGCUUCAAGGUGAACUACGAAGUCGUGGUUGUUAUGCUAUUCAUUAUAAAAAUGUCUUUCAUGCAUUUUAUGCUGUUGCUAAAGCUGAUGGAGUACUUGCCCUGCAGAAAGGGCUUGCACCUGCUUUGUGGUAUCAGUUUUUCAUGAAUGGAGUUCGACUUGGAACAUUUCAUUGUUUGGAAAAUUUUAAUUUCAUUAAAAACAGUCAAGGCGACGUUAGCGUUUACAGAAGUAUUUGUGCAGGGGCUUUAUCAGGAUGCAUUGGUUCUUUAAUUGGUAGUCCAUUUUAUAUGGUGAAGACCCAACUGCAAGCCCAGUCGGCAGGUUCUGUUGCUGUUGGUUACCAACAUCAUUAUCAUGGAAUGUUUGAGGCAUUUUCAAAGAUUUUUGGCAAACAUGGCAUCUUGGGACUUUGGCGUGGAGUUAAUGCAGCUAUGGUCAGAGUGACUUUAGGCUCGGCUGCACAGCUGGCUACUUUCUCCAAGUCUAAAUUUGUUAUUGAUGAAGCUGAGAUCUUUCCACGAGACAGUGUUUCAUGUGCUCUAGCAGCAAGCAUGCUAUCUGGAGCAGUCGUUGUUGCCCUUAUGACUCCCUUUGACGUCAUCUCGACCCGGCUCUACAACCAAGGAGUUGACUCGAGGGGAAAAGGACUUCUAUACAGGGGAGUCUCUGAUUGUUUUUUUAAGAUUUUUUCAACUGAAGGAAUUUUAGGUUAUUACAAGGGAUGGUCAGCUUCUCUUUUAAGGUUGGGUCCACAUACUGUCUUGAGCCUAAUGUUUUGGAAUGAAUUCCGCAAGUAUUAUGACCACAUCUCCGCCCCCGAGGAUGUAGAUUUUUUGCAACCAUAAAUACUUCAUAUUUAAAGAUAAAAAAAAAAUCUUGAGAACUAUGAAGGGUUUUUUUUUUUUCAAGCGUAUUAGUGCUUAGGUUAUAUAAACAUAAGUUUCUUAUGUUUCGUUUAAAACUUUUAGUGAAGUCUUUUUCUUCUUCCUUAAAAAAAAAAAAAGCAUUUGUUAGGUUGAAUGAAAUUUUUUUUAAGUUUUAAAUCAAUUUAAAACGACUAAAAAAAGUAUUUCAUAUAUGCAUAUCAUUAAAAUGCAUUGGUUUCUAGAGUAUUCUGUCAGUCUUACAUUUAUUGUUUUAUAUCUAGGGGCUGUAAUAAUCUUAGGUGCAUUUGUGCACAAAAGAAAAUACUUUGAUAAAUAUUAUUUAAGAUUUAUUU